CCACCAGAAACACAGAGCUAUUCUGAAGAAAGAAAAGCGGAAAAAAAAGCGGCAGGCGCUUGCCAAGCUAAGAGACUCAGAAGCUACAGAAAAAGAUGAGUCUGUGUCUGAGGAGGAAGAAGAGGAACUGGAAGAAGAGGAGCAAGAAGAAGAAGAAAAAAAACUUGAGGCUGAAAGACAAAAGCUACAUGAGCAGUGGUUGCUGAGAGAAGAAAAGGCUCAAGAAGAGUUCAAGCUUAAGAAAGAAAAAGAAGAGGCUGCAAGAAAACGUCAAGAAGAAGAAGAGGUGACGUAUAAACUGAGAGUUGUGUCUGGCAAUAAGGUAGACUUAGUGUGACAUCUUUUACUAUUCUCUAGUGGACUCAGCUUUUCUGAUGUUGGUAUGUUUGAAAGUAGGAAGAUCAAAGAAGAAUGGGAAGAGCAGCAAAGGAAAGAGAGAGAAGUGGCACAGCAGAAGCAGCAGGAGAAGAAAGAGAGAGAGGCAGCUGUGCAGAGGAUGCUGGACCAAGCUGAAAGCCAGCUGGAGAAUGGCGUGACCUGGCACAACCCAGAGCCCCCAGAGAAUAUAGGAACAGAGAAGGACAGAGCAAAUUGCCCAUUCUACAUUAAAACAGGCUCCUGCCGAUUUGGAGACAGGUGUUCUCGCAAGCAUAACUACCCAACAUCCAGUAAGACCCUGCUCGUCCGAGGGAUGUUCAUUACCUUUGGCAUGGAGCAGUGCCGAAGAGACGACUACGACACCGACGCCAGCCUGGAGUACAGCGAUGAGGAGACCUACCAGCAGUUCCUGGAGUUCUACGAGGACGUGCUUCCCGAGUUUCAGAACGUGGGGAAGGUUGUUCAGUUCAAGGUCAGUUGCAACUAUGAGCCUCACCUGCGAGGAAAUGUGUACGUCCAGUACCAGUCGGAGAAGGACUGUCAGGCAGCUCUUGCUCUCUUCAGUGGACGGUGGUAUGCAGGCCGACAGCUUCACUGUGAAUUUUGUCCUGUGACAAGGUGGAAAACUGCUAUUUGUGGCUUGUUUGAAAGGCAGAAGUGUCCAAGAGGGAAACACUGCAACUUUCUUCAUGUAUUCAAAAACCCAAACAAUGAGUUUUGGGAGGCCAACAGAGACAUACGUAUUUCUCCUGAACGGACUAAUCAGUUAUCUAAAAACUCUGAAAGGAGAAACAGGACGAGCCAUCGGGAUGACUAUUACAGCCGGUCGAGGAGAAGGGGCAGCCCCAGCCCAGAUCAUUCCUACCGGAGAAACGGAGAAUCUGAGCGAAAAAAGAACCGGCGCAAGGCCAA